UUCACAAUAAACAUGGCGGCGAAAACGAAGGUCGCUCGGCUUGAAAGCGAACUAGAACGUGCUCGAGGGGAGGCUAAUUGGUCUAAGGCUUUUGAAUUGGCCACACAGCUAUCUAAUAGAUCGCCCGGAUUCGAAACUUUGACCAAAUUCCUCAUGGGCGAAAAACAACUUGAAGAAUACUCUGCUGUAUCUAAAACAGAUGAUCAAUCAAUAGCUAAAGCUAAAGAGGAUCUCAGUGAAGUUGAAAAUCACUUGAAGGAGGCCAUCAAAGGGUUUCAUUUAAGACCUGAACUCAAAAAAGAAGCUCAGCUCCUCCUGGCGAAGGCAUAUUUUGUGAUGGCAGAGUACAAGAAGACCUUGGACUGCUUGGGAGAUCUGGGUUUAGAUACUCUCAGUGUACAAAAUGUCUCAACAAGAAUGCUCAAGAUCAUUGCAGAAGCAUUUGCCAUAAAGGGUAUGUGUUUAGAGAAAUUGCCACCCCCCACAGCCACCACACCACUCAAACAACAAGAACACAAUGAAAGAAUUGUUGGCUACUAUGAGAAGGCAGGGGAUCUUGCCAUUGUCCAUUUACAAGAGAUGGACAAGGGGCUGACCCAAGCUGUGCCUAGUAGCAGUGGAUCUUAUAGUGGGUCUUGGAGUUCUACUUCGCAGAAUGGUAUUGGAACAAUACUAGAAACUGCUCUACAGAAGUCUCCCAUACUGUAUAUUUCUCAAGGGAAGCUCAAUCGAGGUAUAGGAGCCUUUAGAGAACUCCUAACAGCUGUGGAAUCCAGAUCAACACAAAGCAUGAGAAUGACCCUAGCAAGACAGCUUGCAGAAGUUCUUUUAAGGGGUGUUUGUGAUAAAACCUACAUGCCACCAGAGAAUGUUACAGGCAGGAAAAAACUUGGAGAAAAUACAUUAGAGCCUAGAAGAUAUGUUGGAUCAAGUCGAUUUAGACCUCAGCAGAGAGAUGAAGAGUGCUUGCUGUUACUGAUUAUUGCAGAAUCUCUGGCCAGCAAGGCAGCUGUGUUAGAGAGAUCUCCUGAGGUGCAGGAAACCAAGGAGCACUCCUUCCACAAUGCCUGUGCUGUGUACGACCUGCUCACCAUUGUGUUAGUGAAGAAAAUGCAAUAUCUCCAGUUAUCACAGUCAUUGGAGAGGGCGCUGAAGUUUUCCUUUGAUGAAUUCCAUGUUUGGUACCAGUUUGCACUUUCCCUCAUAUGUGCAGAAAAGUAUCCCAGAGCUCUGUUGGUAUUGGAGGAAUGUGCCAAAAUCGACCCAAAGAAUCCCCUGGUCCCCCUGAUGUCUGCCAGGUUGUGUCUGGACUACAUGCACACGGUCGAUGAAGGCAUAGAGCAUGCUAAACAGGCUGCCAACAUGGGGGUACAGAGUUAUGCUGCUAGGGGGCAUGUAGCCCUGGGGAUUGGAUAUGCACUAAAAGGAAAUGAAGUCAAGCUUCAAACAACAAGACAAGAACUGCAAAGAAAAGCUCUGGCUGCAUUUAACAAGGCUCAUCUGAUUGACAAAAACGACCACCUGGCACUAUUCCACAUGGCUCUACAAGAAGCCAUAUUGAGACAGAUUCCAGAAGCUCUGAAACAUGUCCAGCAGGCAUUGCAGUUACAGACUGACCACCUGCAUUCCCUACACCUCCUGGCUCUGCUGUUGUCUGCCCAGAAGAGGGAUGAGGAGGCACUGGAUAUGAUCAAUGCUGCAUUGCAGGAGUAUCCAGAGGAUUUCAGUUUGCUGUUCACCAAAUCCAAACUUGAAGAAGUAUGUGGUAGCGUUGAGAAAGCAUUGUCUACUUGUAAACGGUUAAUGCUAUUAUGGAGGGACAUGUUUGAAUCCACCACAGAGAGUGAACAGCGUGGUACUGGUCUGCUGGACAGACUGACCACUGACCGGCGGUCUCUGGCUCAAAUACAGCUCUCUGAACUCAGUGAUAGAGAUUCAGGUAGAGGUUCAGUACACGAAUCCAUGGCAGCAUCCAGAGUGGAGCAGGCCCUGUCAGAGGUGGCGUCCUCUAUGAACAGCAGCCUCAUGCCCAAGAUUGGGUUACACCAGUCCUGGACGCUGCAAGCCCAAAUUUGGGUCCAUUUAGGCGAGCUAUACCUUGGGAUGGACAGGGUAGCAGAGGCAAAUGCAUGUGUGACAGAAGCAGCCAGUAUACUUCCUAUGUCACAUCAAGUGGCAUAUAUGAAAGGAAAAGUCUAUGUCCACAAAAAGCAGUAUAAAGAGGCCAAAAUGUGUUUUGAAAGUGCAAUAUCAAUCAGUCCUACCCAUAUCAAGAGCCUCAUAGGACUGGGAAAGCUCCUGGCUGGUCAACGCCAUUACACAAUGGCAGAGAAAAUGCUGAAAGAUGCUGUCAGUAUAGAUCCUACUUCACACCAAGCCUGGCAAGAACUGGGUAAAGUGCUAGAGGCUGUUGGGCAGUUCGAGACCGCCAGUGAAUGCUUAAUGACGGCUGUCAAUCUGGAAUCGGCUAGUCCUGUGGUUCCAUUUUCUGUGAUUCCACGAACAUUCCACUGACAAUAUCUUCCAGUGUUGUACAAACAAUCAUUCAAGUAAUUAUUGACAGAAGAGAUUUGACACCUCUAAGGCAGGUUUUACUCAUUUCCAGAGACAUGAUUAAGACACCUAAUGGAAGUAUGUUGCUGUUUACUAGAAUUAACCUGGAAAAGGGAAAUUAAUGUUUUGUGUGAAAUUGGGGUGUGUUGAGGCAAAAUGUGUUCAAUUGUUAUGUCACCUUCAUAGCUGGCUAUGGAUAACGUUGUAAAUUAAUUAUUGGUGCUAUGCACAGAUCUACUGGUCAUUGCCAAAUGUUGACUCUGCUCCAGAUAUAGAUACACUGGUUACAGUAUUUCUGCAUAGAAUAAUAAUGUUGCUAGUUUUUUCAAUGUUUGAAUUACUCUUGAAUCUGGUUUACAAUAAUGUGCAUUGUCUUAUAUUGCCAUUGCAUUAUCUGGCAGUAUGCUUACAGGCAUUGUAGUCAGUGCAGUUGUUUGUUACAUUUCUUCUUACAUAUUUAGGCGGGGAUUUGAAUCUGUUUGAAUCUUUUUGUAAUGAAAAAGAACAAUUUUUUUCAAAUAUGUGUUAAUUUAUGUAAUGAUCAGCUUGAUGUUUUUACAUUUUUUACUUUUUAUUAUUUAUUUA